GCAUCUACAAUUUGUUGACAGCUUACCGACUCCAAGACGUAAUGACCUUUUCAGCCGACGACAAGACCGAACGGAAUUAUUGAGAUCACAGGGAAAAUGGAAGGGAUUUUGAGACGGCAAUAGGAAAUACAUUCUCUGCCUUCCAAAAAAUUAGUGAUGGUGCUUCCCUUCCACAGAUGGAGCCCGAGACUGGCUCUUCUCAUAUCGCUACUUUUUCUGCUGGAUUUUGUGCACAGAGCCAAAACGGAUGAUGAAGCUGUUCCGCGCCCCACCACUUUCGUUUUCAAUCGCUUCAACGGAACGGACAGACUCACUCUGCUGGGAGUGGCUACAGAACUAAGGUCCGAAUCGGUGCUCAUGCUCACCAAUCACUCGCACUUUCUGAUGGGCCGCGCAUUCUAUUCGGCGCCUGUGCAGAUGAAACCGCACGGGAUCAACAGCACCGUUUCGUCCUUCAGCACCACCUUCGUUUUCUCUAUGCUUCCCCCGCCCUCGGACGCCGGCGGCCAUGGAAUCACGUUUCUUAUGUCGCCCUCGCCUACGCUCUCGGGUGCCCUCUCUGCUGAGUACAUCGGCCUCCUCAACUUCACCAGCAAUGGUCAGGACUACAACCAUCUCUUCGCAGUAGAGUUCGACACCAGUAAGAACGUCGAGUUCCUGGACCCAGACGACAACCAUGUCGGCAUCGACAUAAACAAUCUCCAAUCGGUUGAAGCAAAGUUUGCUAGUUAUUGGGACGGGAAAGGUUUUAGAGCACUUAGUCUGAAAAGCGGCAGGAAUAUCCAGGCCUGGAUAGAGUACGAUCACUUGAAAGGAAAGCUUUAUGUGAGCAUCAUAUUCGCGGGUCUACCCAAACCGCAAAGGCCUCUCAUCUCUCUCGACAUGGACCUGUCGACGAUCGUUGAAGAGGAGAUGUACGUUGGGUUUUCCGCCGCCACGGGGAACUUUGUAGAAGAUCAUUAUGUUAUGGCCUGGAGCUUUAGCACCAAUGGAACCGCCCCGCCUCUGGAUGUAAGCGUUCUCCCUUCCUUUGCAAACGAUGAUUCGAGCCACCUCUCGAAUGGGUUCAUUGCAGGUGUCACCGCCGCUUCUGCGGUUCUGGUUUUUGUAACUGCGACUGGGAUUGUGAUGUGGGUAAGAAGAACGAAAGAGAAAGAAGAAACGGUGGAAGAUUGGGAGCUGGAGUACUGGCCCCACAGAUUUCCCUAUGAAGACCUCAGCGUUGCUACCAAUGGUUUCAGUGAAGACCAAGUGUUGGGCCACGGGGGAUUCGGUCGGGUUUACCAUGGCGUUCUUCCCAACAGCGGUGUGCCGGUCGCCGUCAAAUGCAUUACGCGGGAAUUCGGCGAAGGAAUGAAGGGUUUCAUUGCGGAGAUCACGAGCAUGGGGCGGCUGCAGCAUCGGAAUCUGGUGCAACUGCGGGGCUGGUGCAGGCGACAGAAGCAGCUCUUUAUCGUCUACGACUACAUGCCCAAUGGCAGCCUCGAUAAAUUGAUAUUUGGAAACCCCACAGCAGUGCUGCGAUGGUGUGAGAGAUAUAAUAUUCUCAAGGGGGUCGCUGCGGGUUUGCUGUAUCUGCACGAGCAAUGGGAGAAGAGGGUUGUCCACAGAGACAUUAAAUCGAGCAACGUUUUGUUGGACUCGGAGCUCAAUGGAAGACUAGGGGAUUUCGGGCUGGCUAAAUUGUACGAUCACAGCGAGAACCCGCAGACAACUCAUGUGGUUGGGACGCUGGGGUAUAUAGCACCGGAGCUCAUCCACACGGGGAAGGCCACGCCCAGCUCCGAUGUGUUCAGCUUCGGUGCUCUGUUGUUGGAGGUUGCCUGCGGGAGACGGCCCGUGGAUCCGUCCAACGAUGCGGAACAAGUAGUUUUGGUGGAAUGGGUUUGGGGAUUGUACACCAGAGAGAGCCUCCUGGACGCAGCAGAUCCCAAACUGCAAGGCGACUAUGGAGUGGAAGAGAUGGAACGAGUGCUGAAAUUGGGACUUUUGUGCUCGCAUCCGGCUGCAGAAAGGAGACCUGGCAUACGGCUUGCAUGGCAGAUUCUGGAAGUGGAAGCUCCUCUGCCUCCUCUGGACAUUGCCUCCUUUUCCCCUGCUGUAAUGACUCCCCGAGGUUUUUUCUCUUCAAACGGCAGGGCUUCAUUUUGCGGAAGCGGAUCGAAAAGCAGACAUACGUCCGGAUUGGAUAACUCUUUUUGCAGCGCUGACAGUUGUAGUCAGUCGCUUACCUCUGGCCGUUGAAGAGAAAGACGAAUUCAUUGGCCGUUCAAUCGAGGGCAGAGACCAUAAUCUUAGCUUGUGGUGGGUGAAUCGGUCGGCCAAAUUCGAUUUUGAAGGAGACGGUUGUUGGGGUUUCAGUGGAUCUCGAAUCUCGAAAAUUUGUGUGUUCCACACUAAGGAUCAAUGCAGGAGGAUGAAAUAUAAUGCGGGCUAAUUUGGCGGUUUUGCGACCGUAUUUUCGAUUUUCUGUAUAGAAAACACAUAUCGGAAAAUUUUCAAUGCUGUACCUAGGGUUUUGAUUGUUUGUUUAUGUAUUUUAAAAUUUUUCUGUUACAUUCAGAUUUCAGCCAUAUAGUUUCUGUUUGGUGGAUUGGGUGAACAAUCCGAUUUAUAAAUUAACCAGCACUGAUAAUACAGGUGACUUGGUUUUUUGGUAUUAUUAAAUUAACCAGUACUGAUAAUCAGCUGACUUUGGUUUUGUUUUUUAAAUUAAAAAGUCGCCUUUCUGUCAUAUAACUAUGUUAUGCUAUUCAGUAGUAGAUGCGCAU